UCUCUGAUCAAGGAGGUUGUCUCGAUUCAAGGAGGAUUCGAAUCCAGCUGCUGCAGGAAGAUGAACUUCACCCACCACCAUGGCAUGUAUACGUCCCUCCACCUCUGGAACCGCAGCAGCCAUGGGCUGCAUGGAAAUACCAGCGAGUCCCCGGGGAAGGGGUACUCAGACGGAGGAUGCUAUGAGCAACUUUUUGUCUCCCCGGAGGUGUUUGUGACUCUGGGUGUCAUAAGCCUUUUGGAGAACAUUCUAGUGAUCGUGGCAAUAGCCAAGAACAAGAACCUGCACUCACCCAUGUACUUUUUCAUCUGUAGCCUGGCUGUGGCUGAUAUGCUGGUGAGCGUUUCGAACGGGUCGGAAACCAUCGUCAUCACCCUGUUAAACAACACAGACACCGAUGCACAGAGCUUCACCGUGAAUAUUGACAAUGUCAUUGACUCUGUGAUCUGUAGUUCCUUGCUUGCAUCCAUUUGCAGCCUGCUUUCCAUUGCAGUGGACAGGUAUUUCACUAUCUUUUACGCACUCCAGUACCAUAACAUUAUGACGGUUAAGCGGGUUGGGAUCAUCAUAAGUUGUAUCUGGGCAGCUUGCACGGUGUCAGGCAUCCUCUUUAUCAUUUACUCGGACAGCAGUGCUGUCAUCAUUUGCCUCAUCACCAUGUUCUUCACCAUGCUGGUACUCAUGGCCUCUCUCUAUGUCCACAUGUUCCUGAUGGCGAGGCUUCACAUUAAGAGGAUUGCUGUCCUCCCCGGCACUGGCACCAUCCGCCAGGGUGCCAACAUGAAGGGGGCGAUUACCCUGACCAUCCUCAUUGGGGUCUUCGUUGUCUGCUGGGCCCCUUUCUUCCUCCACUUACUGUUCUAUAUAUCUUGCCCUCAGAACCCAUACUGUGUGUGCUUUAUGUCUCAUUUCAACUUGUAUCUCAUACUGAUCAUGUGUAACGCCAUCAUUGACCCUCUCAUUUAUGCACUCCGGAGUCAAGAACUGAGAAAAACCUUCAAAGAAAUCAUUUGCUUCUAUCCCCUGGGAGGCAUCUGUGACUUGUCCAGCAGGUAUUAAGUGGGGACUGAGUGCAGUCCCAGGAACCUGCAGACUUUCCCACUCUGGCACAACCCGAGCAGUGUGCUUUGAUGACAGCUGCCUCUUUUGUGUAGUGCUUUGGCUGGAAAUAUCUACUGCAUACGUUUCAGUUUAUGACUUUUGAUAUGGAAAAAAGGUCUUAACCGGUCAUUUUUAAUGUCAUGCUACUUUUUGGUCUGUCA